AUGCUUCGUUUUGCUGAUCGACAAUUUUAUAGUUGGACAGCUACUUCAUGGAGUAUUUAUUAUCGAACAUGGAAUAUUGUUGUUCAUGAUUGGCUUUAUACUUAUAUUUAUCGUGAUUGUCAUAAAUUAUUUGGUGUUAAAUAUCGUUUUGUAUCAAUGUAUGCAGUUAUAUUUUUAAGUGCAUGUGUUCAUGAAUAUAUACUUGCAUUAUCAUUUGGUUAUUUUUAUCCAAUAUUAUUUUUACAAUUUGCUAUUUUAGGACUUAUUUCAAUGCUUAUUUUACCACAACGUACACAAAAUAUUGCUUUUAAUAUUUUUAUAUGGACAUCUUUAUUCAUUGGAUUUGGAAUGCAAAUGUGUUUAUAUUCAAUUGAAUGGUAUGCUAGACAAAAUUGUCCUCGAGUAGUAAAUGGUCCAUUAGAUUAUUUUAUACCACGAUCAUUUUUUUGUCAUGAUGUGUAA